CUGGAUUUCUUGUGACGUGCCAUAGCAAUGUCCCGGAUAAUGCUUACUGCCACGUUCUUACUGUUUACAUUUAUUCCCGUACACAUUACUUCCCUUCUCUGUCUUUGCAAUUCAUGGAACCCUUCCUGCGGGUGCCUAAUCUACAGCCGGCAAACCGAUGCUACAUGUGGGAAAAGGAACCACCAGAUUGUCCAUGUUGGGCGACACGACGCCGCAGAAUGGAGGGCUUCAAAUCUGGCUUGUUCCCUGGAUUGGGGAUCUGCGGCUUGCUCCUCGUCGAUCCUGCGUGAGUGCGCUGUCAGCUUUCCAGAACCGCAUAGACCUGAACUGGCUGUCGAGACAGAGACCAUGAGAACCAUCUACGUCGGCCUCGCGGCUGCCCUCUGCUGGACUGGCGCGCUCAGCGCCAGCCCGACAGCAGAAAAGCGAGAUGUCGAUGCGGCCCUGUCUAGCCGGCGCCGCCUUCUAGCAGCAAGGCACAAUGGCCGAUCCCGCUACGCCAGCAGCGGCUUCGCCGAACUGGGAUUGCGCCAGGCAGAUCCCCAAUGUGGUCCCCAGGCUGGGAGAUGUCCCGGCGAUUUGUGUUGCUCCAGCUACGGCUUCUGCGGCGAUUCGGUCGACCACUGCCACCCGCUCUUUGACUGUCAGACGCAGUAUGGCACUUGCGGGUGGCCGAGGGUGGCUCCUCAGCCGACCACUACCAGCACUUCAACCACGUCAGCUCGGCCCUCUAUCACCAGCACCAGCACUACCACGACAUCCCGCCCGCCGACGACAACCACGACCUCGUCCAUGUCCACGUCGAUCAGACCUAGCACCAGCACGACGUCCACCAUCCCAAUCCCCACGGGCGCUCUCCAAGUCACCACCAACGGGCAGUGCGGCAACAACACCAUGUGCAUUGGCAACCCCAACUUCGGCCCCUGCUGCUCCCAGUUCUUCUGGUGCGGCUCCUCGCUGGAAUACUGCGGCGCCGGCUGCCGGAGCGAGUUUGGCGCCUGCUUAGGCAUUCCCGGCCUCCCCGGAAACCCACCCACCAACGGCACUACCACCAGCACCACCACGUCAGGAGGCGGCCCUGUCAUCACCAGUACGACGACUCCGCCGGUUAGCACCGCUACCAGCACUACAACGACGAGAGGAGCUACUUCAAGCACCACAUCGGCCGCUCCCUCGUUCACUCUGCCGCCCGGUCAGCGGUCUAGCACUGACGGCAGGUGCGGCAAUGGCGUCAACUGUCUUGGGUCCACCUUUGGACGGUGCUGCAGCCAGUUUGGGUGGUGCGGCGACGGGGAUCAGUUUUGUCCCUACAUUGUGGGAUGCCAGCCUGAGUUUGGGUAUUGUGAUCCCCAGUAAACUGUGUGGUUGCCGCUGGUUUCCGGGCAUCGAUGUCAGCACGCGGGAGAAGGUUAGAAUGACGUACUGCCCUCACUGCCCCCAUGCAUGCAGGCAUGGAAGUUGAUGACACGGCGCACGAGCAUCCUCUUUCCACGGGCAAUUAGUGAAGUAUCAUAGCUAAAUAGAUUUGUUCCAGAG